CUUCAAUCGGACCAGUCACAGUGGAAAAGCGGUCGUUGCUUAGUCGGGUAAAAGGAAGGAAACACACAAUCAACAAUGGAAUCCGAUGGGCCACGUGGAGCCAAAGCAAGAGGAAACAGUCCUAUUUGUUUCCGGCCCAAUGAAACCGACUCCAUAUCAGGAGAACCGGCAGCAGCUGAGGAACCGGAUUUAAGCACGCCGCCCCUGAAUCAGAUAUUGGCCAUGUACCAGGACUCGACCGUGCUGAUCACUGGGGGGACGGGAUUUUUGGGCAAAGUUCUGCUGGAAAAAGUGCUUCGCUGUUUGAAUGUCCGGAAAGUGUUUUUGAUGAUUCGGAAAAAAGACGAUCUAAGUGCCCAGGACCGGUUGCGGAAGCUGCUGGAUGAUGCGAUAUUCGAGAAGGCCAGAAAAUGCUACAAAUCAGACGAACAAUUGUUUGCCAAACUAGAAGCAGUCCAGAUCGAGCUGGAAGAGGAAAAUUUGAGCUUGCAAAAGGAUCCCGGCACCGAGCGACAGCUGCUGGAUGAAACGGAAAUUGUGUUCAAUGUUCUUGCCUCGGUCAAGUUCAACGAAUCCAUCCGGAAUGCGGUGCGGACAAAUGUGGCUGGGACAAGGAAAAUCCUGUGUCUAACCCAACGGAUGACCCGACUCCGGUCAGUGGUUCAUGUUUCCACUUUGUACUCGAACUGCAAUAGGAAACUGAUCAAGGAAGUAAUAUACGAUGACACCCCGAUGCAGUACAAGCUGAUUUUGGAGCUCACCGAAUCCUUGGGGGAACAGGAAAUGGACCAGCUGCAGCACUGCCUUCUCGGGGAGAUGCCCAAUACUUAUACGUUCAGCAAAAAAUGUGCCGAAGUUAUGAUACGAGAAGAGUUUUCCCAUCUUCCCAUUGGAAUUUUCCGCCCACCUAUAGUAAUUUCCACCUACCGGGAGCCUCUGCCAGGCUGGACGGACAAUCUCAAUGGACCCUCGGGGCUCUGCAUGUGGACUGUUCGUGGCUGGAUUCGGACCAUCUGGGGUAACGCUUCGAAAAAGGCAAAUCUGGUCCCAGUGGAUUAUUGCGUCAAUGCCAUGCUGGUGGCGGCCUUCGACGUCAUGAACCGAACUCGACGAAUUCAAUCAAUUCCUCCUGAAAUGACGACGACGACGACGACGACGAUGGACGCUGCUGAUAAGCGGGAUAAUUGGAAGGAAGAUAAUUUCGAAGGCUGUCAACUGCCGGGAAAAUUCCUGCGCCAGGAGCUGCCAACCUACAACUACAUGUACCCGGAAAAUAAUCUGACCUGGGGCAAGUAUAUGCAGAUGGUGUCUCUCGGCUUCGACAAUCGGCUUCAUCAGAUUGUGUGUUCCCAACCAAAAUUCAGCCAAUUUCUAAUUUCCACCUACCGGGAGCCUCUGCCAGGCUGGACGGACAAUCUCAAUGGACCCUCGGGGCUCUGCAUGUGGACUGUUCGUGGCUGGAUUCGGACCAUCUGGGGUAACGCUUCGAAAAAGGCAAAUCUGGUCCCAGUGGAUUAUUGCGUCAAUGCCAUGCUGGUGGCGGCCUUCGACGUCAUGAACCGAACUCGACGAAUUCAAUCAAUUCCUCCUGAAAUGACGACGACGACGACGACGACGAUGGACGCUGCUGAUAAGCGGGAUAAUUGGAAGGAAGAUAAUUUCGAAGGCUGUCAACUGCCGGGAAAAUUCCUGCGCCAGGAGCUGCCAACCUACAACUACAUGUACCCGGAAAAUAAUCUGACCUGGGGCAAGUAUAUGCAGAUGGUGUCUCUCGGCUUCGACAAUCGGCUUCAUCAGAUUGUGUGGAACUACUCCUUCAUCAUCACUUCUAACAGGCACCUAUUCCGGAUGUUUUCUUUCCUGGGUCACACCAUUCCGGCUGUUUUGCUUGAUUUUGUUAGAAGGCUUCGUCGAAAAAAGCCUAUUUAUCGGAAAGCGCUCCAAAAGUCGUCCCGCUUCCUGGAGAUGAUGUCCUUUUUCGGGCUCCGAGAAUGGUCCAUCGAGAGCGAUAACAUCCGGCGACUGAGGCAGCAACUUUCGGCCGAGGAAAGUCGUUGUCUGGAAUUCGACAUGGGUACCAUCAAUUGGACAGAUUAUUUUCGUAGCUACAUUCCGGGGAUCCGUCGCUACUGGUUCGGAGAUCGAGUGGCCCGGAUAGAUUCUAAAAUUUCACCUGCUAGCAGAAGAUUCUUUCAGAUACAACGUCUUCUAAAGAAGCUCAUCUGGAUUUGGAUCUGCGUUCGAUGUUCCUGCUUGACGUCCAAAUUUGUGCUGCAAAAGUUAUUUGUGAUGCUGAUUGCUCUGUAGUUGAACAUCUAGUAAACAAAGGAAGAGAGAAUUUCACAAUUACUUAC